UGUCAUAGUUGUGAUUUAGAUCUCCUUUUAGGUUAGAAUCAAAAAAAUUGUUGUUUUUAAGUAUAUUUUUAUUGUAAAAUAUUAUAAUUUAUAAAGUUAAUAGCAGAUACGAAUAAUCCAGAAGUGUAAAAUUAAUCUAAUGAGAAGAAUGGCUUCAAUAAGGAAAUAUAUUGGAUUUAUGAGAAUAGAUUUUCAUAGAUAUCGGAGCCAAUCUCACAGAUGAGAUGUAUCAAGGAGUUUACCACACUUCUAAGAAGCAUGAACCGGAUCUGGACAGGGUGCUAGAGAGGAGCUGGGCCAAUGGCAUGUGUAAAAUGAUCAUUACGGGAGGCAGUUUAAUCGAUAGCAAGAAAGCAAUUGAUUUGUCUUACACGGAUUCGAGAUUGUAUGCAACAGUUGGAUGUCAUCCGACAAGAUGUAAUGAAUUUGUUGAAAACCCUGAAACAUACUUGAAUGACCUCAGAGAUGUAAUAACAAACCACAGAGAGAAAGUUGUAGCGAUAGGAGAAUGCGGCUUAGAUUACGAAAGACUGCACUUUUGUGAAAAAGAUAUACAACUUAAAUAUUUUGAAUAUCAGUUGAAACUAAGUGGAGAAUUCAAUUUACCAUUAUUUCUCCACUGCCGAGCUGCGGCUGAUGACUUAGUGGAUGUCUUGAAAAGGAACAAAGAUGACAUUGUUGGUGGAGUUGUGCAUUCAUUUGAUGGUCCGCAGGAUGCUCUUGAGAAGAUAUUGGAGUUAGGAAUGUAUAUAGGUAUUAAUGGAUGUUCAUUAAGAACAAAAGAGAAUUUAGAAGUUGUGACGAAAAUACCACAAGACCGUCUGAUGAUAGAGACUGAUUGUCCAUGGUGUGAAGUGAAACCAACUCAUCCUGGUUAUACACAUGUUGUGACUAAAUUCACUGCGGUAAAGAAGGAGAAAUACUCUAUAGAUUCUGGUAAUCAAGUGAAAGGAAGAAAUGAACCUGUAAAUAUCGUACAAGUACUAGAAAUUUUAGCAGCCGUACGGAAAGAAAAUAUUGAUGAAUUGGCAGAAGCUAUUUUUAAUAAUACCAAUACACUGUUUUUCAGCAAAUAAAUAA